CUGUAGCAUUGAAUCAAUUACAGGUCGCUCCAACUCAGGCGCAUUUGGGAGCGCAGCCGCGGACGCAGACGGAGUGGCGCACAUAUGCUUGCUUUCACGGAGCAGGCUCGAGCUGUGAGGAUUAACGGCACCGGAGAAGCAAUCACUGCGCAAAGCAGAGAGCGUAUGCUUUAUUCAUUACUGGAUUUAUUCUAUCAAGAGGAACAAUUAAAAGGAAAUUAAAAAGUGAUCCACGCGUCGGAGGUCAUGGCAGGCAUGAAGACCCUUCUCGUGGUGGGGGUAGUGCUGUUUGGGUUCAUAUCAGUUACAUACGGAAUACUUUCGCCGACCAUCGCAUCCAACAAAGAAGAGUUCGUCCUCGAGCGGCAUUCCGUUUUUAACGUUAGCUGUAUCGGGAAGAGGAGCGUAGUGUGGGUUGAACCCUUGCCGGACAACACAUUUGUGAAUCCCGGAUAUAACACAUCCACGCUCUUCAUAAACAACGCCUCCGUUGCCAACACCGGAUACUACUCCUGUAGAUACCGGACCUUAGAUGACCAAGAUGAAAACAACGAGCAGGAUUACGAGGCAGAGAUAUACAUCUAUGUUCCAGAUCCUGCUGCUCCCUUCGUCCCGGAGGAGCCGGAAAACUUGAUGGUGCCGGCGAUUGUGGGUGAGACGUUCAUCCCGUGCCGCGUGUCCGACCCGGCCUCCCAGGUCACGCUGCGGAGCGUGCCCGGUGAGGAGGAAGUGCUUGCCCCGUACGACAGCAGGAUGGGGUUUGUGGGCAGCAUGCCGGCAGGACUGUACCAGUGUGAGACCGUGGUCGACGGGGUCAUUGUCCACAGUGACACCUACAGGGUGGAGGACAGCACAGGCGAGGAGGCCUUCCAGGUGGAGGUGGGGGCCAGCGAGGAGGCUGUGAGGCUGGGACAGGCCGUCAACAUCACCUGCCUUGCCCCUCCGGGACCAGCCUUCCAGCAGCAGUGGCUCCACCCCAAGAAACAGGCUGUCAGAGCAGUGGCGAUGAAGGAGAUUCUGACCAAUCAGGUGCUCUACAUCCUCCGUAUCCCAGAAGCCACCUCUCAGGACAGUGGAGUCUACGAGUGCGUCGUUGUCAAUGACGACAGCGGGGAGAUCCGCACAGGCAGAGUUGUGGUCACCGUCUUCGAGGAGAACUCGUUCAUCUCCCUGGAGCAUGCUGGGAUAGGAGCGGUGGAGUUCGCCAGCCUGCUGGUGGAGUCAGAGUUCACCAUCCUGAUCCACGCCAGCCCCGCCCCCCAGGUCACAUGGUACAAGGAUGGCAGCGAGCUGGCGGGAAGCAGCUACGUCCUGACCAAGACCACGCCCCUCCAGGUCUCGCCCCUCCAGGCCACGCCCCUACAGGGCCACAGGUAUCAGAGUGUAUUGACGCUGAGGCAGCCCCUAGAGGCUGACAGUGGGAACUACACCAUCAUGGCCCUGGCUGGCUCCCAGUCACAACACUUCUCCUUCACGCUGAAGGUCAAAGCGUCGGGCUCCGUGGCGUUCCAGCCCUCCUCCGCCCCCCUCCUCCUGCCCCGGGUGGAGCAGAUGCAGGUCCCCCUCAACGCCCCCUUCACCCUCACCUGCCACGGGGAGGCGGAGCUGGAAUGGGACACGCCCCUCUACCUGCCCCAGCAGACGGAGGAGGACAACAGCGGCCUGUUCGUCACCACGGUGACCGUGGAGGACGCAACGGCCAUGCACACGGGCGCCUACACCUGUUUCUAUCACCACGGCAACGGCUCGGAGGAGACGCAGAGCAGCAUCUAUGUCUACGUGCCGGACCCCGAGGUUCCCUUCCUGCCCUCGCUGGUGCCCUACAGCAACCACGUCCUGACGGACCAGAAGGAGAUGGAGAUCGGCUGCCGCGUGUCCGACCCCGGCACCAACGUCACCCUGGUGAACGCCGACACCCAGCAGGAGGUCCCCUCCUCCUACGACAGCCGGCGCGGCGCCGUGGGCCUGUUCAACCCGGGAACCUACGCCUGCCGGGCAGUGAUCAAUGACGAGGAGCACUACAGCGAGGAGUACAUUGUUCACGGGUGGGUGGAGGGCGCCGGGGGGCUGGAGGUGGAGCUCCGGGCCCCCAGGAAGGCCCUGCUGGUGGGGGAGACCCUCACCGUGUCCUGCCUGGCGCGGGGAUCCUCCGAGAUCCUGGAGGACCAAUGGAAGUACCCCGGCAGACAGACGAACCGCGGCGUGAAGUCAGUGCGGGAGAACAAGCGCGAGCAGGAGAUCCAGUACACGCUGACCAUCGGCCAGGCGUCUGCCAAGGACAGCGGCUCCUACGCCUGCACUAUCACCGACAUCAUCAGCGACAAGACGCAGACCAUGGAGCUGGUCAUCAACGUCUACGAGAGCGCCUUUGUGUCUCUCCGCCCCUCCUUCAGCCCGCGGGAGACUGCGGAGCUCGACGAAGUGAGGGAGUUCCGGGCGGACAUCGAGUCCUUCCCCGACGCGAGGGUCACCUGGCUGAAAGAUGGCCGCCCUCUGGACGACGUGGCGGCAGAGAUCAGCAGCAGCCUGCGGAAGGUCGGCGAUACCAGGUACCAGAGUACUCUGACCCUGAUCCGGGCCAAGCAGGAGGAUAGUGGGAACUACACUCUGCGACUGGACAACGGCAACCUGAGCACCACCCACAGUUUCAGCUUGCAGGUCAAAGUUCCUGCUGUGAUCGUGGAUCUCAUGGACCUGCAUCACGGCUCCUCGCUCGGUCAGGCCGUGGUGUGCAUCGCUGGGGGACAGCCCACACCUGAGCUGGAGUGGUUCAUCUGCAGCAACAUCAAACACUGUGCCAACGACUCCUCCCAGUGGGUGCCCCUCCCGGCCAACUCCACGGAGAUCACCGUGGAAACGCACCUGGACGCCGACCUCCAGCUGGAGAGCCAGGUGAUGUUCGGUCGUCUUGACAACACACUGGCCGUGCGCUGCCUGGCCAGGAACGAGAUGGCCGUCGUCAGCAGGGAGGUCAAGCUGGUGUCUAAUGGCCCUCACUCAGAGCUGACGGUGGCUGCAGCAGUGUUGGUGUUGCUGGUCAUAGUCAUCAUCUCUCUCAUUGUGCUCGUCAUCAUAUGGAAACAGAAGCCUCGAUAUGAAAUCCGCUGGAGGGUGAUCGAGUCUGUGAGUCCAGACGGCCAUGAGUACAUCUACGUGGACCCCAUGCAGCUGCCCUACGACUCCCGUUGGGAGUUCCCCAGAGACGGCCUGGUGCUAGGCCGCAUCCUGGGCUCCGGGGCCUUCGGGAAGGUGGUGGAAGGGACAGCCUACGGACUCAGCCACUCCCAGCCGGUCAUGAAGGUGGCUGUGAAGAUGCUGAAACCCACUGCGCGCUCCAGUGAAAAGCAGGCCCUGAUGUCGGAGCUGAAGAUCAUGACUCACCUGGGCCCUCACCUGAACAUCGUCAACCUGCUGGGGGCUUGCACCAAGACAGGUCCCAUCUACAUCAUCACUGAGUACUGUUUCUAUGGCGACCUGGUGAACUACCUUCAUAAGAACAGGGAGAGCUUCCUAAGUGUCCAUCCGGAGAAAUCCAAGAAGGACCUGGACAUCUUCGGCAUCAACCCUGUGGACGAGAGCAACAGGAGCUAUGUGGUCCUGUCCUUCGAGGGCAGAGGAGACUACAUGGACAUGAAACAGGUGGACACGCAGUACGUUCCCAUGCUGGAGAUCAACGAUCCCUCCAAAUACUCCGACAUUCAGCUCUCCAGCUACGACAGCCCGCCCUCGCCGAGACAGAGAGAGGGCGAGGUGGACAGUCUGCUGCCGGACGAUAACAGCAAGGGUCUGAGCACCACCGACCUGCUCAGCUUCUCCUACCAGGUGGCCCGCGGCAUGGAGUUCCUGGCCUCCAAGAACUGUGUGCACAGAGACCUGGCUGCCAGGAACGUGCUGCUGUCCCAGGGGAAGAUAGUGAAGAUCUGUGACUUUGGUCUGGCCAGGGACAUCAUGCAUGACAACAACUAUGUCUCCAAGGGCAGCACGUUCCUGCCAGUGAAGUGGAUGGCUCCUGAGAGCAUCUUUGACAACAUGUACACCAGCCUGAGUGACGUCUGGUCCUAUGGCAUCCUGCUUUGGGAGAUCUUCUCUCUGGGUGGAACCCCCUACCCUGGUAUGGUGGUGGACUCCAGCUUCUACAACAAGAUCAAGAGUGGCUACAGGAUGGCCAAGCCUGAGCAUGCUGCUGCCCACGUGUAUGAGAUGAUGAUGAAGUGUUGGAACAGCGAGCCAGAGAAAAGGCCCUCCUUCCUCAGCCUCAGCGAAUCAGUGGCCUCCCUGCUGCCCGCCAGCUACAAGAGGAGCUACGAGAGGAUCAACCAUGAUUUCCUGAAGAGUGACCACCCUGCGGUGACGCGCGUGUGCGUGGAGAGCGACGACGCCUACGUGGGCAUCAGCUACAAGAACCAGGGCAAGCUGAAGAGCCGGGAGGAGCAGGAGCAGCGUCUGAGCUCGGACAGCGGCUACAUCAUCCCCCUGCCCGACCUGGAGCCUGACCUGGGCUACAGCAAGAGGAACCGCCACAGCUCCCAGACGUCGGACGAGAGUGCCAUAGAGACUGGUAGCAGCUCCACGCUGGCCCGCAGGGAGGGCGAGACCCUGGAGGACAUCACCCUGCUGGAGGAGCUCCACUCUGGGGACCUGGAGGAGGACAGCUUCCUGUGACAUGCCCAGCUAGGAGGACAGCUUCUUGUCGCACCCCCCCACAGCUUCCUGUGACGCCCCCACACCUAGGAUGACAGCUUCCUGUGACUCACCCAACUAGGAUGACAGCUUCCUGUGGCACGCCCACAGCUAGGAUGACAGCUUCCUGUGACAGCCUCACACAUAGGAGGACAGACUGACACACAAUCUAAAGACCCCCCCCCACCUCCACAAACACACUUUUCCUCCCCCCCCAGCCUGUCCUCACUCCACGCCGAGUAAAGGGCGAAACCACUUCACUGCUCGGACAAGUCUGUGGUACGGGGAGAUUGUGGUGCACCAUGAGAUCCCCAGACAGCGCCCUCUUGCUGGGCUGGAGGGACAGAGACCGUGGGACGCUGAGCCCUGCCCUGGCCUGCAGUCUGGAGGAAGGACUCAUGUGCCGAGGGCUGUGUCCUCUGUUCGGAAAGAACAUUAAGCUAAUGGGCAUUCGAAAACAGUAUACUGUAUGUAUAUAUGAGUAUGUACUAGACCAGUAUGUAUCAGUAUAUUCCUGUAUAUACCAGUUUAUACCAGUAGGCACUAAUAUGUACCAGUAUAUACCAGUAUACACCAGUAUGUACCAGUAUACACCAAGUUAUACCAGUAUAUACCAGUAUGUACAAGUAUAUACAACUUUAUGCCAGUGCAUACCAGUGUGUACCAGUAUACACCAGUUUAUACCAGUAUGUACCAGUAUAUACCAGUUUACACCAGUAUGCCAACCACUACAGUGUGACAGGCUGAAAUGCAUCCGACCAGCUGGAGUGUGUCCAGCCAGGGACAGCGUCCCCUCCUCUCCUCUCCUGGACACACACUUCCUGCUGGCACAAUCACUAGCUAUACUAGAUUAUAAAGCACAAUAUCUGGACCCUGUAUGCUUCUUAUCUACAUGACUAUAUAUUGUCUACAGCUGAAUAAGUACAAUGGUCCAAACUUUAUUUUUUUACUCGUACCUUACAUGUAAACUUGUAUUAUGUUGUUAAUAUCGGAAGGAUGGUCGUAAUUUGCUUUAAUGAUGAAUAUGUAUAAUGUGCUUAUGGAGUGGCAGGUUUAAGAGCUUGGCGGUUCUCAGCGCAUGGAUGAGUUGGAAUGUGAAUACUAGCAGAGUUUUAUAGGAGAGACCUGGUGAGCUGGAGGAAUCAAAUCCUGGUCUGCUGUCUACACCUUUGGCCCCAUUCAUUUGACCAUAUUUGUAUGUCAUAUAUAUUAUAUGUAAGGAAAAACAGUCUGUAGGACCUGGCCUUCAGGAGGUGUCAGUUCUCAGAACUCAUGCCAAAGGGUCUGGUCUGGUCUGGCCUGGCCUGGCCUGGCCUGACAGGAGUUGCUCGUUCCAGGCAGAGUAGGGAGGACCAGACUGGGUGGAGAGGCAGCAGAGAAACAGGACAUACAUGGUAGAUACAUGUGUAUAUAUAUAUAAAGACACCAGUUAGACUUCAACGGUAGCUUGCUAACGUGCAGCUUGGACUGGUUAGCUGUGGCGUUCUGCCGCCAUGUUGGAUCUUCCUGUUUCUGUUUACGGGGGAUCUGGAACCUUCUCUCUCCAUGGCAACGGUGUAGGAGGGAAGGGGGGUUGGAGUGUUGGAGGGAGAACAGAAGUAUAUAUAAUGGUACAGCAUCUGUAAUUAUAGUAGUUAUCCUCUGUCAAUGGUACAGUACGUGUAAUUAUAAGUAGUUACCCUCAUGUUUUAAUAAGCAUUAUGUACAUUCAGAUGGUUUAUAUUUGAAUAAAUGAUUUAUA